GACACGGACACGGGACACGGACACGGGGACACGGCAUGACGAGGAGGAAGUCCACGAGCACAGAGUUACGUAUGUUUUAAAAACGCGGACACAUUUUCUACACAUUAUCGUUGUGUAGCGUCUGUCUGGCACGACACGCUGCAGUUCCUGUGAUCUGGUUUUCCAGAUGACAUCGGAAACUGGACAGACAGAAAUAACAUCAAACUGGGGACUGCAGCAGUAAUGGAUCUAUUCAAGCAACAGAAAGUGGAAGAUUUCUAUGAAAUUGGUGAAGAGCUUGGCAGUGGGCAGUUUGCCAUUGUGAAGCAAUGUCGAGAGAAAACUACAGGUUUGGAAUUUGCUGCUAAGUUUAUCAAAAAGCGGCAGAGCAUGGCCAGCUCUCGUGGAGUCCGGCGAGACGAAAUAGAGCGAGAGGUAAACAUCCUCCAGCAGAUUCAGCACCCCAACAUCGUCAUGCUGCACGACGUCUAUGAGAACCGCACUGAUGUGGUGCUUAUCCUGGAGCUAGUCUCUGGUGGUGAGCUGUUUGAUUUCCUGGCCCAGAAGGAGUCUCUGAGUGAGGAGGAGGCUACUCAGUUCAUCAAGCAAAUCCUUGAGGGGGUGAACUACCUUCACGCCAGAAAGAUAGCCCACUUUGAUCUUAAGCCUGAAAACAUAAUGCUUUUGGAUAAGAACACACCCUUGCCAAGAAUAAAACUGAUUGAUUUUGGUCUUGCCCAUAAGAUUGAAGCUGGAGUUGAGUUCAAGAACAUCUUUGGAACUCCUGAGUUUGUAGCUCCAGAGAUUGUCAACUAUGAGCCCCUUGGAUUGGAAGCAGACAUGUGGAGCAUUGGUGUCAUCACUUACAUCCUGCUGAGUGGUGCCUCUCCUUUCCUGGGGGACACAAAACAGGACACACUGAGGAACAUUUCAGCCAUAAAUUAUGAGUUUGAUGAAGAGUUCUUCUGUCACACCAGUAAGCUGGCCAAGAACUUCAUCAGCCAGCUACUCGAGAAGGAUAAGAAGAAAAGAUUAACAAUUCAAGAUGCCCUCAAUCACCCAUGGAUCAAGUCCAAUGAGAACAAGGAAGAGAAUAAAGCCAGGGGGCCAAAGAAAAGUGAGCGGCGCCAGUUGAAGACCAAGCGCCUGAGGGAGUACACUAUCAAGUCCCACUCAAGCAUGCCACCCAACAACACCUACGUGAACUUUGAGCGCUUUGCCCAGGUUGUGGAGGACAUUGACCAGAUGGAGAGCUCGUUCAUUAGCCUGGCCGCAGCCCACGACUCUCUGCAGGAAAAUAUAGACGCCAUGGUCUCUAUUUAUAAUGAAAAGGAAGCCUGCUACAAGGAGGAGAAUGAAGCCAUGCGUCACGAGCUCUCGCAAAUCCGCUACGAGUUCCGUAAGGUGGAGGCCUUGAAGAGGAGCCUGCAGGAUGACAUCCAAGCCUUCAGCUGCAGCCUCGGUGCCAUCAGCAACCGCUUCCAGGAGAGACAGAGCCGGUUUGAUGCCCUGGCCCUGGAACUAAGCAACGAGGUGAAGUGGGUGCAGGAUGUCAUGGGGUCAUUUCAUACAGAUGAAGGUAGAAGAUACCCCAACUGCAGCUUCUCCUCAGCUUUCAACAACGUGAAUGAAACUCUGAAAGAGCUUUUAAACCGUUCCUGUGAAGGAGAACUGCUCUCUGGGAUCAACUUGGACUUUAGUGAAACUGGACAACAAAAAUGAUUUAAAAUACUAAAUCACAUAGAAAACAUUUAAAAGCAGCUAGCAGGAGUGUGCUGCAGCAUGCCCAAAUAUUUGUUACACAAAGAUAUACACUGUUUGCUUUAUACGUAAAUAACAGAUUGCAUACUUCCAUACUGAAACUUUUUUUCAUAUGAACAAAAUCUUCUGUUCUAAAAUACUAUUAAAUGUUAAGCAAAGACUUCGCUGUAAC